AUGUUGAAAAAAACGAAGUUGCAAAGAGAAAACAUCAUCAGUGCAUUAAAUAAAAAGUAUUUAAGCUGGCAUUCUCUACGACCUUUCGUUACUUUCGCUUUGAUGACGACGUCUUUUGUCGUCUUCUUUUGCGUGGCAGCUCAAUUGACAACAAAUGGUUUUCAAAUGAAAUUACGUUGA